GCUAGCGGGCCUUGCACCACGCUGCCCACCAGAUAUGUUCCCGACCGCCACAUAUACGCUUGUGCUUUCCUACUCUUGUCCAUGGCUUGACCUCUUCCUCCUACCUACCCCAAAGUCUGGUCUGCUGAUAGCAUUCUGCUGUCGUCCGAGUCACUGAGCUCCCUCUCAGUCGCAUCACCUUCGUUUCAAAGCAACUCGAGCAGCGCUCGCUCAGCCCCGUCCUAGCAACAAAUACCACUUCCUCGCCAAACGUCCCCGGCCACCACUCAUUGGAAAGACCGUAUAUGACCGCAGGGAUAUCAAAUCGCAUUUGCGCACAACAGCACACGCAAUAGGAUCGCCUACACCGCCCACAACAUCAUACCAAGAUGCGCUUCACCAUGGCAGUCGCAGCGGUCCUGCUGGCUCUCACACCAGCCACUCUCGCCGACGCACCUACUGGUGACUGGUCAGAAACGACCACCACCACUACAGUCACAUCCACCAUGUCUACCACCCAGACCGUCACCAAAUACUUGAAGCAUGCCAAUACUACGACCAGUAGUAUCAGCUCACACGCAACGGGCUGGAAUGCCACUGCCCAUACGGCCACCGCAGAGACCACAUUCAACAAGCCUACACUUACACCAGCCUCCACGAUUACCUCUGCAAGCCCCUCAAUUGCUUCAGUAGCAGCUACUGGCGCAGCAAGCCCGCAAGAGAUCAACCUUGCAGUGGCCGCUCUUGCAGGUGCUGCCGCUAUGGUCUGGGGCUCGUUAUGACCCGACAUGCUUCGAUUACUGUCGGCAUGCUCAGCGUCCGGUCGGCUACUUCGCUUCUUUUAUUUUGACUGUGUCAACAUUCGCGUCAAGUCGAGCACCAGGUUGCUCCUUGGGUGACUAUGGUAUGAUUUUUUUUGGAAUGUUUUAUACCCAUUUUGUUUCGUCUCUGUGAGAGUUUGAAGGACAUUCAUGGAUAAGUUUGGAGGGCGGAAUGAACCGCAGCCGGGUCAUUCGAGAAGAGUCGUGAGAGGGAUUGUCGUCGCCUGUGGCAAGAUGGCUCGAAGGGAAGCAUUGGACCUCCUGUGAGAGGCUCGCCGAGGGCGGGUAAGGGGCAUGGUGCUUCGUAUGCACUCUUGAUCAUGAGAGAAGCAAGAGGAGGAGUAUUGGGUGGUGUUGUAUGAUCAGCGCAUUUGGAUGACCGACACGACUGAAGUACUUCUCUUGUUACAAGCGGUGUAAGCGAGAUCGCAUCAGCUCCUCUUGGUGGGUUUAUAUGGCUAUCAGCUAUACAGACAAGCAGACUUGUAAUUGAACACUAGCAUUCAAGAUUGUGAAGACGUCUCAUCACCUCUCAGGCGAAUAGCCGCGCUGUAAGACAUUUACCUUACAACAAUGCCG